AUGGACUCUGGAUGCCUGCUGUGGGUCGUCUGCAGAAGGCAGGGACAGCGGCUGGAGACAUCCUUGCUCUGCAGAGAUCAGUCAGGACCGAAAAUGGGUGUCCUCUGGGUGGUUUUCCUCACUUGUGGUCUGCUCACCUCUUCCCAAGGACUUCCUGGGAGCGCCCCGGUGUCUGCCAGGGUGGAUAAAGAUGUGCUAGAAAGUGCCAUUACAGGGUCACUAGCCAACGGCAACCUUCUCCAGGGGCUGCUGGGUGGUCUGCUCGGCCCCGAUAGACUUCUUGGUGGUCUGCUAGGCUCCAAUGGACUUGUUGGUGGUCUGCUUGGUGGCGAUGGACUUGUUGGUGGUCUGCUUGGUGGCGACGGACUUGUUGGUGGUCUCCUUGGUGGUGAUGGUCUUGUGGGUGGUCUCCUUGGAGGUGGUGGACCUGUUGGUGGUGUCCUGGGCGAUAAUGGUCUUGCGGGUGGUCUUGUGGGUGGUGAUGGACCUGUUGGUGGCCUGCUUGGUGGUGGUGGACCUGUUGGUGGUCUCCUUGGUGGUGGUGAUGGACCUGUUGGUGGUCUGCUUGGUGAUGAUGGACUUGCUGGUGGUCUCCUUGGUGGUGGUGGACCUGCUGGUGGUCUCCUUGGUGGUGAUGGUCUCGUGGGCGGUCUCCUUGGCGGUGGUCUCCUUGGAGGAACUGGCAACCAGGGUCAAGGCUCACUUCUUGGAGGAGGUCUCCUCGGCAAGGAUGGUCUGCUGGGCACCGUGCAAGGACUCACAGGGCUGAGAAUUGUGAACAUCACUCUCCCCAAAAUAACUCUGCGCUUCCUGCCAGGCGUUGGUCUCCAGCUGAAUAUCUACACCCAGCUGCUGAUAGAUGGCAAUGGCGCCGUGGGCAGUCUGCUGCAGCUCCAGGUGGAAGCAAACAUCACUGCAAGAGUGCGGCUGGCCCAGGACAAGUCGGGGGCUCUCAGGCUGGUGGUUGAAGACUGCAAGACCCUUCUUGGAGACAUCAAUAUCCGUGUGGGACCCAAAGUGCCACUUGUGGAAAAAACCCUAAAGAGCGUCCUUGGGAACGUGCUGCCCAGGCUGCUGUGCCCCGUCGUUGACACCGUGCUGGGCGUCGUGAACUCAUUGCUGGGAUCUGUCACCUCUGUGCUCCCUCUGGGAGCUCUGGGAAACCUCCAGUACACUCUGUCCUCCCUUCCCAUCAUUGGUGACAAGUCCAUCCAGCUGGAUCUGAACCUCCUCCUCAGGGACGCGGAGGGCAAUGUGGUGGAGCCAGCAGGAGGUCUAUCAGUGCCUGUCACUCUGCCUCCGGCCGCGGGUCCUGGGACACAGCUGGGGCUGUCGCAGGGCGUGCUGAAUGCUGUGCUGGCAUUGGCACAGCGGCAGGGAGCCUUCAGCAUGGACAUCUCCAGCUCGGCGGUGCCCAACAGCAUCCCGCUGACCACCUCAGCCCUGCUCUCAGCCUUCCCCCAGCUCAGCACCGUAUUGCCUGGUUCGCUGCCGCUGGCACUGCGUGUGCGCCUGGCUGACACACCUGUGGUGGCCCUGAGGGACGGGAAGGCCACUGCCACUCUGCGAGCAGCCAUCGAUGUCCUUGCACAACGCCCCGGCUUCCCCCCGCAGACCCUCUUCAGCUUGGACUCGGACAUCGUUCUGGACAUCACCCCGUCUGUCUCUGGCGGCCGUCUGCACACUGCUCUGGCUGUGGACAGAAUAAAUCUCAGACUGGCAUCCUCGCGGCUCGGCUCCAUCAAUGUCUCCCAACUGGAAGGAUGGGUGAAGGACAUCCUUGCAGCUGCAUACGUGCCUGCCAUCAACAAUGCUGUAGGUAUGGGGAUCCCGCUGCCCAACAUCCUCAACACCAACUUCGAGAACGGCCAGGUGGACGUGGCUGACAACACUUUUGUGAUCAACCAGAGCAGAGAGCUCUGA